AUGGAAGCCGGCUGGGAUGCCUCCAAGGCGGUGCGUGAUGUUGAUGUGGGAUGCCGAACCGCAACAACAAUUUCCACUACGCAACACCAAAAAGUCAUGGCCACUUCAUCAAAUCAAGCCCAAAAUGGGCCAGCUACACCAGUCUACAUUCUUCGCGGCCAUGGCGCCCCAGUUCACGCCUUGAAUAUUUUCCAUCAGAAUCUUCGACUAGUCUCAGGCGAUGCGAACGGAUGGAUUGUUAUCUGGGACCUGGUGACCAAACGCCCCAUCAUAGUAUGGAAAGCACACGAAGGAGCAGUGCUUGAGGUGAAGGGAUUUACAGAUGAGAAGGGAGUCACGGAGCUAUACACACAUGGCCGUGAUCACAAACUUUGUGUGUGGAAGAUUCGACCUGAGGAUGAGAAGCAUCUCGACAAAACUCUCCCUGUUGAUGUGACAGAAUCAGACUCCGCAGAACGAAGGGCUCAGCCAUGGCUGCUUCAUUCGUUACCAGUGAACGCCUUGAAUUUCUGUGCAUUCUCUAUGACGACUAUCUACGGCACAGAGGCGACCUCAGAAAAGAGUCAAAAUAAAACAGACUUACCAAAGACUACUCUUUUUGCAGUGCCAAACGCGCUGGACUCAGGUGGUGUCGAUAUCUUCCAUCUCCCAUCCGAGCGUCGUCUCAGUACCAUUCCAUCAGACCCCGCUGUUAAAACAGGAAUGGUCAUGGCAGCCAAUAUCUUCGUCGCAUCUGGCGAUCUCUAUGUGGCAUCCGCAUACGAGGAUGGCCAUGUAAUGGUUUCAGUGCAUAGAGGACCCAUCACAGCGGCCGAUUUUGAACUUUCGAAUAUCGCCGCCAAGCCGUGGAAAUGGGAGAGGAUUUACGCCAGCCGCCCACACUCGCAACCUGUGCUUUCAAUUGACGUUUCUUCCGCUCUUGACUAUUUUAUUUCUUCCUCUGCCGAUGCAUUGAUAAUCAAACAUCCAAUUCCCGGGCAUGGAACGAUCGGUGAUGUUCCCAUUGUGAAUUACAAGGAAGAAACCCCGUUGAAAACGGUUAACACAAAGCAUUCUGGCCAGCAAGGGCUGAAAUUACGUGACGAUGGGAAGAUAUUCGCAGCUGCUGGUUGGGACAGCAGAGUGCGAGUCUAUUCAGGAAAGACAAUGAAGGAGGUCGCAGUGCUUAAGUGGCAUAAGGAUGGAUGUUAUUCUGUCGCAUUUGGGGAGGUCGCCGGUCUCUCGUCAUUGUGUUCAAGACAUGGAGAUCAGGAAAUCGACACAACUCAGGGGAAUGAUGAAGAGCAACUGGCCCAGUCAUCCGACUACUCAUUAGCAGCUGUUCAAAGGCAAAGAAACCAGAAAAUAAAACAAACGCACUGGUUGGCAGCAGGGUCCAAAGAUGGAAAAAUUUCAUUAUGGGAUAUCUACUGA